AUGUGCCACCGACAAUAUCUACUACGGACCAACAACACCUAUUACGGAAUCCUGCUCGAGCACACGCACGGACGCACGUCGCGCACCUAUAAAUCAAUAAUCUCAGCAACACUUGGCAAUCCAAUCUGUGUAAAAUCUGAUCCUCUAGAGUCUGAGGUUUUCUGCGGGGAAAAAGCUUUUGGUCUAAAAAGAAUGAAUGUAGAAGAGGAUAGACUAAGCAGCUUGCCAGAUGAUCUUAUCCAUAAAAUCCUCUCUUUUCUUGAGCUCGAACAUGCUGUUAGAGUGAGUGUUUUGUCAUCUAGAUGGAAGUUUAUCUGGAAAUCAAUGCCCUAUCUCAAUUUAAUAAAUUUCGUUAAGAUCAAUAGUCCGCCUGACUUCUCCAAAUUUGUUAAUAAUGUUCUGUCUCAUCGCAAUUAUCAAAUUCACUUGUCUUCAGUCUUUUUGUAUUCCGAUGGAAGAGUUAGCCAUGAAUUUAUGAAAAGAUUUCUUGAAUAUGUGUUAACUCACAAUGUCCAACAACUGACUGUUUCAUGGUCGCCUGAGAAUGAGGUUGAAUUCCCUCUUUCUCUCUAUAGUUCUCGUUCUCUCCAGCAUCUUGAUUUGCAUAAUUUUGCGAAUAAUGCGUCUUAUUUGGCUACACCAGCUUGGGACCUUCCAGCUUUAGCAACAUUGCAUCUUUAUAAUAUCAGAGUCUCUGACAACUACACCCAAGUGCCCCAACUUGAAGAAUCUCAACUUAAGAAAUUGCAAAGGAAGCAUCUGAUUUCUGCACCUAGCCUUACCUCCUUGGUCAUAAAAGGUCAUGAUCCUUUGCAGCUAAUUGCCACACAAGGACAAGGUUUCCCUUCUUUGGAGAAGGUGGAUCUCCGUUUAUCCUUCCUGCGCUCUGAACAUGCUCCUAAAAUGGUUUCUCUGCUUCAACAGCUACACACUGUCAAACUUCUUACACUUGACUUGAACAUUCUCAAGAUUCUUUCUUCAUCCGCGGGACUAAUUAUGUCAAAUCAACCUUGUCCUUUUGCUAACUUUAAGAUUGUAAAGUUUUUAAAGAGUGACUCUGGAAGGGUAUACUUGGAGGUGGAAGCAAACGAGAAAGCAACUACGUCUCUGCUAGAUACUUCUGAUCAAUGUUCCAUUUUCAGAAUGGUCUCUCGUGAGGAGAUUAAAGUUAUGUCUGAUAUCGUAUUAGCAACACUACUUAUUGCAAGAAUUCGGUAUCGGCUAAAGAAGCGUAAAUCACUUACUGACACCAAACAAGGACCUCAUAUGGAACAAGUCGAUGCACCAAGAAAGAGCUGCAAGAGGAAGAUGAAUGAUCAUGGCAAAGUACAAGUUAAGAAGCAGAAGGUACAAUCAGCGUUUGAAAAGCAAUGGCACUUUGGGAAAAUGAUGACGCAGAUCAAGAAAGGCAAAAGUGAAGGAUUACUGACAAAGCUUCCUACAUCAGAUACUGGUCGCUUGAUUUCAUUGUUGCAGCAGAUUGAUAGAUUGGUGACUGAGCUUUCUGCAUCAAAGAGGCCUGUGCUACAAGAAACAUUUUCAAUCGUGUGUGAAGAGGCUGCAGUUGUCACGAAUAAUAUGUUGGAUUUAUUCUUAGCUAAUUGUUCCCAUUUAGAGGAUAUUAGAACCAGAUUUAUGAUAAAUUAUGUAUGA